AUGACCAGUCGCAAUGUGCGCUCGUCGUCGUCUUCGUCUCUUACGCAGCAACGCGAAUUCACGGAUGGUUCAUCGCAACAACAACACCACCACCACAAUACAACACCACCACCACCACCUUUGCACCACAACAACAGCCAACAAAAGCAAUCCGGCAAUCCGGUGACGUCCAUGGCGACUGCGACGACGACAACUACAAUGCUCUUCGACCUUGUUAAUGUCCAUGGCAGAAUCACACUCGACAAUGUGUAUCAAAACGGGCUGCAUGCACUUAAACGACUUGAGAUCCGCAACCUGACCGAUCAACGUAUCCUUGUCAAGAUGCGAUCGAAUCUACGGCACCAGAUUGCCUUCCAGCUGAAUAAUGAGAAUAUCAACAGUGUCCCAGACCACGUCCUUGAAGGGAUAGCAACCAACACAGUGGAUUGGUCUCAUACGAGUGCGGAUACGUUCCAUUUCAAUCAGCUUUUCAACUAUGUCAACCAUAUCGAUCAAUUGGAACUGGAACCCCAUCAGACAUUGCCCUUGAUAUUGGCGUUUCUACCAGAGAGCCGACAUUUGAAUCGAUCUGGCAGCAGCAGUGGAGGAGGCGGUGGAGGAGGUGGCAGUGGCAGUGGCAGCGGCAGCGGCAGCGGUGGUGGUGCUGCUAAUGGUGGAAGUGGAGGAGACGAGGACACAGAGACAAAUGAAGCUGUAUCACCCACUGGAUUCACUAUACCAGAUCCAGCCGACGAAGACAACAUGUACGAGACCUUCAACGUCACUGGCAGCUUGUUCUUUUUUGGUUAUUAUCUUCAAACGGAUCAUGAUUCAUCAUCAUCAUCAUCAUCAACAGCAGCAGCGUCAACGACCUUGAUUGAGCAUAAUCAGCAGGAUGCUAUGGUGACGACGACAUUGGCAGAUUAUCAAUCAUCCAUCAAAUUUCGAGCGAGCGUAUGUCGAUCAGUAAUGUGGACCGAUGUUGUCGAGACAGGACUCAACUUUGAAGAUUGCAUGCUUGGACAAGAAUAUCACAAGGAUUUCACGAUUCAAAACAAUUCGGAUAUUGAUUUAUAUUGGCUACUCAAUACGGUCGACCUUUCCAAUCUGAAUCGUGAGGAAUGGCUAAGGUUCUCUGAUGCUGAAACGGGAAAGCCUUUAUCGAAUGGUGACGAUCAACCCGCCAUCCCUGGUCAUUCACAUCGACGUAUUCGCCUCACGUUCAUGCCCAAAGAAGUUGGCGAGUUCAGCUAUGAUUUACAAAUCGAGAAUGCCAAUGACGCUCGUAACGUGGUACAAACCAAAGUCCAUGCGGUCGUACGAUCCGUGCUACGUGAAGAAUCACUCGUCAUUAGCAGUGGAAAUAGCCUUGAUUUUGCUGAUUGCGUCUCUGGUCAGUGGACAAGUCGUCAAAUUGUUCUCAAUAAUGUGGGCGAGUCAUCUGUUGAGGUGCGCUUUAUUCCCGAAAGUGCCGACAUGGUCUUUGAUAUCAAAGCCGCUCUGGAUCAGGAUAAUAAUAGCAAUAGCAAACCCAGCAGACCGGCUUUGGAACGUGCAUCGACUUCAGGUUUAUCAGUAACACCAACAACAACAAUGACGGCAACGAGCGAAGUAUCAGCACAUACAGCGAGUGAAGUGAGCUCAAGAGCAUCAUCACCAGCAUCAUCAUCCAUGGCACAUCUAUCCAGAGCAGCGGAACACAAUGGAGGAUCACAAUCACCCUCAUCACAAGAUUCUUAUCGUACGGCCGGUGCACGAAUACAGACGCCAUCUCUUAGAUCAUUACCAGGUGACUCUGAUCAGGUGGCAGUAUCAAGGAUAAUGGAGGAUGGUGAUGGUACAUCGACUACGACGACUCCCAAUGAUCGACCUUCAACACCUGGUGCAUCAUCAGCAUUGACAUCAGCUGGCAGCUAUACACGCAUUGAGGAUCUUGUAUUACGACCUGGCAAAGAACGAGUGAUUCAAGUAUCUUAUCGACCCAAGAAGGAUGCAUCUAUCAAUGAUUUCAAUGCUGGCCAAUUGAUUCGACGUAAUUUCAGAAUUGUGCUUGAAUAUGGAACCUAUCGCAGUGCAGAGCCAAAGGAGCGUAAAGUGAUCCAAUGCCGUGCGCGUACUUGUACUUCUUUUGUGGAGGUCAUUCCCAAGGAGAUCAAUUUUGGUGACACAGAUGUUGGCACCUUGAAAUCACUGCCGAUCAAUAUCUUUAAUCGAGCCGACAUUGUUGCACGAGUGGAACUACAAUUCUCAUCCAAGGUGCUCAAUUGUCUACGUGGAGAAAUCGUCAUUCAACCUCGCAGCUAUGUGGAACUCAAAUUGGAUUUAUACCCUCGUAAAGUCAAUCCAGAGUAUCGCAAACAAAUCACGCUUGUCAACUAUCUCAAUCGGGACAAUGAUCAGAUUAUCGGUGUGCGAAGUACCAACAUUGACAAGAACAGAGUCACUUUUCAUUCACUCUUUUAUCGCAUCCUCACCACCACCGGUGCCAACUUUUUGGACUUUGGAUCCACCGUUCUCAAUUCACCAGCCAUUCGCACAUUCACAGUGGAAAACAUUCGCAGCGCCCCUUUACGUCUUGAAGUCACCACCUCAUUACCAGAUGAUAUCCUUGUCUAUACCAAGAAACGUCGUUCAGAUCGAGAUGAGCAAACAUCAUUGCCUGAAAAGAGAAAAAGUCCUGCUCCUAGGAAAAAGAGUCCAGAGACCUUGUCUCGAAAACAUGCACAAAAGGAUGUGAUACAAAGCUCACGUGCCACCGGCAAGACACUGUCCCUUGGUGAUAAAAUGACAUUUUCUCCCAUGCAUCGAUUACGACAUUCACCUGUAUCCAACGCUGAUGCACGAUCCACCGCCUAUCUCGAUUUAGCGACAUCCAGACACAAUGUACCUUCACGAAGGAAGCAUGUCGUCUUUCAGCAUCCCAACAAAAAUGCGCUUGUUCAGGCACCACAUCAUAUGAAGAGGAGUCCAAGUGGCAGUGCAAAUGCUAGUCCUGUGGAACGACAACGGCCUGAUGAAAGUGCGAGAACGAACAACAAAAAGUCACCACCUGAUGGAUCACCCUCCUCACAAAGUGAUAGCAAAAAGCCGAAUCGAUCAUUAGGCAUUACAGCAGCACGUUACAAGUCGCGUAAGAACUUGGAUUGGUCUGAUAUUGCUGGCAAAUCACGUGUGCCAUUUGAAGAUUUGAUAUCCGUAUUGGAACAUGGGUCCAAAGCGCCGACACCUUUGUUUCCCAAGCAGUCAGCUGAGGAACGUUUUGUACGACAACAACUAGCAUGGCGUCGUGAGUUGGAUCGAUUGAUUGAAAAGGGUGAUCUUGUACGCACACAAUUUGUGGAUGUGCUUCCACAUGCCGAAGAAGAAGUGGUGAUUGUGUAUACGCCCAAUGGCAGCAACAAACCGCAUAUUCAAAGUGCACCCAAGAAACAAGAUGGCCGUAUCUUUUUACGUCUUGUGGACUUUGAUCGCAACAUUGAGCAACCCGAGUUCCAGAGUCUGCUGUAUGGUGAUCAAUCCCUGAUUCCAGUACGUGAAGUUAUUCUUCGUGCUCAAUUGUGUCGUUCGAUCAUGGAUCUUGGUCAAAAGAAUAUCAAUUUCGGCCUUGUGGAGCGUAACGAGCGUCAUGCGAAAUCGAUUGUGCUGCAUAAUCGGAGCGAGACCCCUUUGUUGUAUGCCAUCCGUAAAUCAGGUUCGAUUGCAUCAGGCGAUAUCAUUCUUGGUGCUGGUCGAUAUGGUGUUGUUCGGGCAUUUGGCAAACGUGAGAUUGAUUUUGUCUUUGAACCUACCUUGGCGGGUCCCUUUGUUGAGCGUUUGGUGGUCGAGAAUAUCCGUGAUCGUACCAAUGAUCGUGUACUCUUGCUCAAGGCCCUUGUGCGUAAGCCAUCUACAUUUUUCAUCAAGUCAUUGGAGCUGGCGUUUGGUCCUUGUCUUGUCGAUCAAACAUGUACGCGUGUGGAAACGAUCGUGUUCACCAAUACCAACAAACAAAGUCGAUUGUUUGAAAUUCGAGUGGAUCCCAAUGAUGCCAAUUUUGGAGAAUACUAUGGCGAGUUUGACUUUGUGGUGGAGGAUGAUGAUUCCAACAAGGCCCUAUCCAAAGAAGCUGAGGAGGAGAUUGAGAAUUUGGAACAAAAGCUCAAGAUUGCCAAACGUAAAGGUCAACCUGAUAAGGUGAAAAAGUACCUAAAGAAGCUCGCCAAAUUACGCAAUGUCGAUAUCAAAGAGGAUGAGGAUCAGCCACCUGUUAUCGAGUCAAGUCAAGGAGAUGAAUCUUCUUCACCAUCACAACAACAGCAACAACAACAAGCCAAUGGAGCAGAGGAUGGGUCAAAGGCUACAGAGGAUAAGAUCAAUGGCAAUGGUGCAGCUGCAGCUGCAGCAGGAGAGGAAGGGGUCAAAGAGAGCAACAUUUACAAAAAGACACCUGAAAGUGUUGUUUUCCCAUUGGAUCCAAAUGCGACAAAGACCAUCUCGGUGUAUUUCAAAGCAGUGGCUCGACCAGUACAAGCAGGCAUCGUUUCUAUCGAACGUCAGCAACCUAUCAAGGGACAAAUACUUGCUCAUGAAUACAAGAAUACGGAUGCUUGCAAAAAGAUUGAUUACACUGCUGUGUUAUGCAAGGAUCUUGAGGCAUACAAUGAAGCACUUGAGCAUGAAUCACGAGACACCACCACCAACUCCGCCAAGAUGAAAGAAUCGAGAACCGAGUCUCAUCAUCCACCACCACAACCAGCAUCAUCAUCAUCGGCAGCGGCAGCAACAGCAACAACCCCAUCAGAACCAAAUGGUGAUACAGCAGCAGCUCUACCUGAUGUGGAUGAACAACCUGAACCAUUGAAAUUGGAAAGGUCGUAUUUUGAUGGUGGGCGUGUGGAAGUGAAUCAAAAGUCGACAUUUUAUGUACGCGUAUCGAAUGAAUCGGACGAACCUGUGGAUUAUGAAGUAUUGCUUCCUCCAGAAGAAAAGGAGUUCUUUUCGUGCCCGCAAACAGCUGAACCUUUGGCUCCUCGUGAGACUCGCAAGUUGAUGUUUGAGAUAUUGCCUACCAAAGUUGGAAAGCAGCAGCAUACAUUCAAUCUUUACAAUCGACGUACCGAUGUAUCUCAGACCUUUACGUUACAAUGCUUGGUGCACUACAAGGCCUAUUUGUCAUUUCCUUCCCUUUCAGAAGAUAAUCAGGGUGAAUUGGAUCUUGGCUUUUCAUACGUGGAUCCUGGCAGCAAGUAUUCUCAAGUGACACCAUUGCUUGUGGAAAACAUUUCAGGCCAAGAUCUCUAUAUUUCAUCGCAAAGCAAUCUUUCUCAUCAAGUGCUGAUCUUUGUUGACGAAACGGGCGAGCGUGGUUUGGUGGAUAUGAUGCCAUUCAAAGCUGGAAGCAUGACAACGGUGUGGGUGGCCGUGCAGCCCAAUCUGUUGACAGGCUAUUUGGGAUCUUCGGGUGACGAAUGUCGAGAACUUGUGGGUGGUAUCAAGUUUUCAAUUUACACGCAGCAAGCACAGGAUGAAGAGGAAGAAGAAAUGACCAAAGAAGAAACGACCACGACCACCAGUGAAGAAGGAUCGGAUAACAGUAUGGUGCUGAUGCUCACACAAACAGUCAAAUUUGUUUCCAUUAUCGGUCAAUCGCAUUUGGAGGUGUCACACCGCAUGAUCAAUCUUGGAUACACCGACAAAUUGAAUGAGGAGUUUUAUGGGUCAUUCACUAUCAAGAACAAAUCGGGCCAGUUGCCUUUGGAUUAUGAAGUCGAGUGUCCAAGCGGCAACAUAUUAUUGGAUCGACGUGGUGGCACACUUAAUGGGUGGCGUGGAUCCAUUGCAAAAGCAUCGAGGCGACCUUCUUUGGAUUACUAUGGCAAGAACAAGGAGGAGGAUGAGGAAGAAGGGAAUGUUCAAGUACAGCGACGUGAUUCGAAUGAUAUCGUACCAGCCAUGUCUGCUGCCCAGAUCACGUUCCGUAUUUGCGCUUAUCGAUACGGCUUGCUCAGCGAAAAAUUGGUUGUUACAAACAAACACAAUAGCCAGGAAGUGUUUGAAAUCGAGGUGCGAUUCUUUGUCAACCACAAAAAGCUGGGCUUGUGGAACAAGGGUGGUGCGCAGUUGAUGCUCCAACAUACCGAGGAUCAUGAACACGUGGAUCAUCGUGAAGCCGACCCCUUGCCUGUUGUCGAAUGGGAGAGCAUUUAUGUAUCACCAGCAGCACAUCAGCAAGAAGCUCGUAAUAAUGCACCUGUAUUGCAAGUGAUUGGAUUACCUGAUAAUGACGAAGCAAGGUUACAUGUUCGAGAGCUCGAGGUGGCCAAUACGUCCAACGAGGCAAUGCAAUUGAUCGCCAUGAGUGACAUUGAUAUUACCGCUGGAUGGGUUGCUGAUGAGGACCAGGUCAAGACAGCUUAUGUUGCCAAGGACAAGGAUACAGCCUAUUUACAACGUAGUGGCCAAUUGGUGCUUGAUCCAGGUCAACGUGUGGGAAUACGAUUACAAUGCCCGUCAGCUGAAAAAUUGAGUGAGCAGGAUCGUAUUCGUGCAUCUCAAGGCAAAAGUGGUGUUCUCAAGGGCAUGUUUAUCUUGUAUGAUAUGCGUGAACAAGUUGAAGUGAUGGCCAUGGAGUUACGUGCUGUCUUUUGCGUGUCGUUGGGUGAAUUGGUAGUGGAUCGCAUUGACUUGGGCCAAAUGGGUCACACAGCAUCAUGGAAACCUGUCAACUUUAAUUUUACGGUGCGUAAUCUAGCCGAUGUCCCACUCAAUUACGAGGUGCAACGACCUGAAUUCAUGAGCUUUUCACCUUUGAAUGCAACCGUCCCUGCUGGUAAGAACUUGGUUGUGGCUGGUAUAUUGGAUCCUCGACAAUUGCAUGAUCAAAGUUCUGGACAACGAAGAUUUGAUGUUCGCAUUGCCAAUCAUUACAACCGCAACAACACGAUGCAUUUGCGACUCAAAGCGUUCAUGACGGUGUUUGAGCUAUGCUUUGAACGACUCAAUGAUGACGUUUUGGAAUUACCGGCAUUGUAUCAUCCCAUGUCAGCCAACAAUAUCCCCUGCGACAAUUGGUUUGUGAUCCAUAAUACGACCGAUGACGAUAUCCGAUUCGAGAUUGGAGCUGAUAUUGCGCCUGAUUUGGCCGAGUUUUUCAACUUGGAUGUGUUGUCACGGUAUACCAAUACACCACUCAAAGGAGGCAUUGCUAUCAGCCCUCAAGGUCAAAUGGAAGUGCGUGUUCGUGCCACACCCAAUGAAUGCUCAAGGUUACCAAAAAAUCGACCCGAUUUGCUCAACCCGGAAGGUAUCACACUUGCCGAAUUGUGGGUGACAACCCGACCUAUCAAUGCUGAGGAAGAUCGUAAAUUACGUGAGACCAUCCCUGUUCAUUCCGUAUUGGUUGAAACGCCUACAUUUUCACUUGUUGAACGACGACUUGAUUUUGAAUUGGUUACGUAUUAUCAAGAGGAGGACAAGAAUGAGGAGGAUGGUGUUAUGGAUGCUAUUUGUCGACCUGAAUCAUGUCCAUUUACCAUCAUCAAUCAUGCCACCAAGCUUCCAUUGAGGUUCAAGGUUAUUGUUGAAGGUCCUGACGCUUUCCCUGCUUACCAUAUGGUUGAUAUCACACCGCUCGCACAAGAUGGUACCGGCAUCGUGGAGCCCGAUAGCACACUCACACUGAAUGUUCGCAUUGCAAACCCCAAGGAUUGUAUACCAGGCCAAAUACGUAUCUAUGUCGAAGAUCUCGACGCGGUGGGACAGAUCCGACAGACCGCCUCCAUGUUUGUAAAAGAAACCGUCUGGGAUUUGUAA